AAUUUGCUGUCGGGAUGUUCUGACCGCGUGAACCUCCAGGGUCGCGGGUGUACCGGACGGAACCCAGGGUUCGAUAAACGCGGGAAGAACGAUAGACGCUGGACGAAGAGAAUUGGGGCUUCUUUUGUCCUUAAGGAUUGAAAAUGCACACCUUGUUCGGCGAGCAGAACGCCUACUACAGGCACGCCGGUGUUCCCGUCGGUAUGGGAACGCCGUCGUAUCCGGGAGUGGCGACGGCGCCUGGAUACUACGAGCAGUACAGGUACGGCACCUACGCUACUAGCUAUCCGGGAAUAGCCCAGCAGCACAUCCACCAUCCGAGUAAAGACAUGGUGAAGCCACCGUACUCGUACAUCGCCCUGAUAGCUAUGGCGAUCCAAAACGCGCCGGACAAGAAGAUCACCCUGAACGGGAUAUACCAGUUCAUAAUGGAACGGUUCCCCUACUACCGCGAGAACAAGCAAGGCUGGCAAAACUCGAUACGACAUAACCUCAGCCUGAACGAGUGUUUCGUCAAGGUUCCAAGGGACGACAAGAAGCCCGGUAAGGGUAGCUACUGGUCCCUCGAUCCGGACAGCUACAACAUGUUCGACAAUGGUUCGUACCUCCGUCGUAGACGGCGGUUCAAGAAGAAGGACGCCCUCAAGGAGAAGGAAGAAGCCCUGAAGCGCCAAGGAUUAGCGCCGACGGGAUCCAGUGCUGCAGGUGACAAACAACGUGCCGAAGACCAACAGCAGCAGCAACAGCAACAGCAACACCACGCUUCCCAUCUCGGUGGCAAGUCGGAUCCAACGAGCAAGCAGAACAAGACUCAACUCCAGGGUAACGUCGAGUGCAAACCCAAACGUGAACCAAGCUCCGACCUGACGUCGUCCCACUGCGGAAUGCAGGCUGCAAAGUACGCGCACAGUCCUAUCCAGCAGGACCAAGUGAAGGCAGGAUCCGUCGCUGCAGCGGCAGCAAGCGUCAUCCAGUCCGCCCUUGGGCACCAGGUACCUCUUCACCAGGCCUCGCCGCAUCUUCAGGCCCCGCACCACGCGCACCAGGCGCCUCACCAGGCCCCACACCACGGGCACCAGGAGGUGGCUGGAAUGACGGACGCGAAUGGAAUGCAGGGUCUGGACCCGAGUUCCUUCGGUGUCGAGGCUCUGACGGGUUCGCGGGAGUCCGGUGGUCACCCAGGGUCCGUGGGUUCGAGCUCCGUCCACCUCCAAAGUGCCCGGGAACUCCAGGCGGCGAGGGAACACUCGGUACAAUCGAACACCAGCACCGCGAUGAUGCCACCCACCAGCUCCCGGGAGUCCCUGAUGGCCAGUUACGGACACCCGACAUCCAGGUCGAACGGAUCGCCCCCGGGGACGAUGUACACACCUUACUGCACCACUGCGGCAGCGGGAUACAUCAUGGACCACGUCGACUACAAUCCGUCGGCCAGUGGUGUCCGCACCCAUCCAACGGGCCAUUCGCAAUGGUACCAGGAAGCCUCGAGUCCUGACACCGCGGGUAUUUACCAGGACACGCAAUCGCCGAGCUGUCAACUUUACAGGUCGAGUCCCCCAACGCCGUUGUCCUCUGGUGCAGCACCCUCGCCACCGCUCUACCACAGGUACUAUCAGGACUGCAACGCGGUGAGCACAAGCGGUAACCUACCGAUCACACUCCACAAGUACUGAGGCUACCGAUGCUCAAGGUCACCGGAAGACGAUCUUGAGCGUUACGACAACAACAUAGAAUUAUACAACGGGGGUAGUACUAACAUGGUUCGCUGCAGGGUUAAACGCGAGUUCGGCGACGUCGUUGACGAGUGGAAUUGAGAAGACGCGGUGCUUUCGGCCAACUGACAAAUGGUCGCGAUGAUCAGGGUGCGGAACCGAAAACGCGCGAGGUCGAGCUC